AUGAAUUUGACUUUACGUAUCCAUUUGAAUAAAAACAUUCAGUUUAAUUAUUUAGGACAUAAAAAUCCAUGUAAUUGCUUGAAAUUUUCAACGGACGAUGCGUUUCUCGCCAGUGGUGGAUGGGAUCAUAAAACUAUUCUAUGGAAUGUGUUGGCAACUGGAUCACAUGAUCAUACUGUGAUGGUCUAUAAUCUUCGAGAACCAAUUAAAAAACCACUUCGACUGCGUGAACAUUUCGCUAACAUUCGUACAUUAGCAUUUUCAAACGCCGGUUAUUUAGCUUCUGCCGGCUUGGAUCGAAUGAUUGCUAUUUGGACAUAUGAGAAUGGUCAUUUGAAAAUGCGUCUAUUAGGUCAUAUGGGAUGGAUUCAAGAUCUAGCCUUUGACAUGGAUGGUAUUCUCUUGGCAUCUAUAGCCGACGAUGAUACUGUUAGAGUAUGGAAUGUGACACACGCGUCUUGUUUAGCCGUUUUAAAUCAGACAAUGACCGAUUUAUCAUGUUAUGUACGAUUUCUGUCAUGUGGUACACUUCUGACUGGUGGCGCUGUUUAUCAAUUACAUGCAUUGCAAUCAUUACCAGAAUCUCAAAACUGGACGAUUAUUAAACAAGCACGCGAUGAUACUGCGAAAUAUAAGAUGACAGAUGAAAAUUAA